AUGGAGCCUGAGUCUCUCUACAACCUGCUGCAGCUCCCGAAGGACUUGGGACUGCACAUUGAGGAGGACCUCCCCCAGGGAGGAAAGAAGAAAUACUUGCCACCCGGCUCCCGGAAGGACCCCAAGUUUGAAGAACUGCAAAAGGUGUUGAUGGAGUGGAUAAACGCCACGCUUCUGCCCGAGCACAUUGUGGUCCGCAGCCUGGAGGAGGACAUGUUCGAUGGGCUCAUCCUGCAUCAUCUCUUCCAGAAGCUGGCGUCCCUCAAGUUGGAAGUGGAGGAAAUUGCCUUGACAGCCACCAGCCAACGGCGCAAGCUCACAGUGGUCCUGGGGGCUGUGAACCAGAGUCUGCAGGUGGAGGAGCAGCAGGUUCCAUGGAGUGUGGAGACUAUCUUCAGCAAGGACCUGCUGGCCACCUUGCAUCUCCUUGUGGCCCUGGCCAAGCGCUUCCAGCCCAGCCUGCCCCUCCCGACCAACGUCCAGGUGGAAGUGAUCACAAUUGAGAGCACCAAGAGCGGUCUGAAGUCAGAAAAGUCAGUGGAACAGCUGAACGAAAGCAACACAGACACGAACCAGCCUUCAAAUGAUAUCUUUGAUGAAUUAUUUAAACUGGAUCCAGAGAAAGUGAAUGCUGUGAAAAAGGCCAUCAUCAUGUUUGUCAACCAGAAGCUGGAUCGUCUGGGCCUCUCAGUACAGAGUCUGGACACUCAGUUUGCAGAUGGGGUCAUCUUACUCCUGUUGAUUGGUCAGUUGGAAGGUUUCUUCCUGCACCUGAAAGAAUUUUACCUCACUGCCAGGUCUCCUGCAGAAAUGCUGCACAAUGUCACCCUGGCCCUGGAACUGCUGAAGGACAAAGACCUGCUCAAUUACCCUGUCAGCCCUGAAGAUAUUGUGAACAAGGAUGCCAAAAGCACCCUACGCGUGCUCUACACCCUGUUCCAAAGGCACAAGCGAAGAGAGAGUGCUGGGGGCGUGUCUCAAGGAGCUCCGAAUUAA